UUAUGCUAAGCUUAGGUGAUAUGAUGAAAUUAUAUUGUUCCCCCCCAAAUGGUAUUGAGGCAAUCUGCUUCAAAAUGAGGUUACAUUGUUUCCUGUUUGUAACUGAAAAGCAGCAAGUUUUCAAAGCACUGUGAAAGCAGAGAGGGAGCAGAGGCGGGGUAAAAAUAGACGGUGUAGUAUACCUCACCAACGGAGCGCAGUGAUGCCCCAUAGAAUGAGGAAAACUGUGACAACGCGACAACCAGCUUAGUUAAGGACAACCGGAAAAAUGGCACCAGAAAGCAUAGCCCUGGCGGUGGUAUCUCUGGCCUUGCUAAUCUCUGUGUGUCUGAAUAUCAUCUUCUGCUUAAGACAAAGACACAUUUCAUGUAAAGAACCACAUAAUUGCUGCCAUCCACACAGUUCGGAAGAAGAAACCCUAUCACAAAUCGAAGGGCAAUAUAUUGGUAACGUCAGACAUCAAGAGCAGCAGGAAAAUCCCCACAAUCAUCAUGAGCGACAGGAAAAUCCAAUCUAUGGCAACAUCAGCACAGAAAGACGUGGUUCUUCAGAGGUUUUCUACGAGACGAUGUCCAUGCAGCGCAAUAGAGAUUGUCUUAAGCCUCCAGACUCUGACCUGAAUUACGCCUCACUGGAUCUGAAGAUUGCAAAGAAUCGCAAGAAAAACAGACACAUGCAAGGCCAGGCACAAGGACGCCACAAGAAGCACGAUCCGCUGGCAGACCUCCUGACGUCUCCCUUGAACGCCUUCUUAGAGGUGGACAUGGAAAUGGACGCUCACCUGCCAUCCAGAGACACUAGUGUCAUGGUCUCACACAGCAGCAUCUAUCUCAACAGUCAACAGAUAGCCAAGGAGGCAGAGGAGAUGGAAAGAGAGAGAGGCAUCGACAUGGACAAGGACAAUGUGGGAUGGGAUGGCUUACGAGAGAGCGAGGAAGGACGGAGAAGAGAUUGGGAUGAAGAUCAAGAAAGUGAGGACAGAAAAGAUCAUUAUGAUGAUCGCAAUGGGAAUAUAUGUAUAGAGCUUUUAGAGGUAGAAAAUACUCAGAGCUGCUCAGAUCAAGUACCUGACAGCUUUAGCCAUGAUUGUGACUAACUAUAUAUUUAAGUAUUAUAUUACUAUUCUAAAACUUUUCAACCUGUAUUCUAGAAAAAUGUGAAACUAUUUUCAUAUUUUCAGGGCAAAAAAUGUAACCAUCAUCUUCGGUUUUCUCUACGCUUCGCAGAGUUGAGCAAUUUCCUCCUUGACACAAACAAUCUACCUCUUAAAGUCUCCAUAUUGAGCAAUAGGAACAUAACUAUGCUUCUCUGUCAUAAACUACUUUAAAAAAGAAA